AUGAUUUGGUUUGAUUCACGCCUAUCUAUCUAUCUCAGUUUUUCACAUCUAUCUCUUUAUCUAUCUCAGUUUAAUUCAUAUCUAUCUAUCUAUCUAUCUAUCUAUCUAUCUAUCUAUCUAAUUCCUUUCAUUAUCUAUCUAUCUAACUCCUUUCAUUAUCUAUCUAUCUAUCUUAAUUUCUAUCUAUCUAUUUAUCUAUUUCAAUUUAAUUCACAUCUAAGUUUAAUUCAUAUCUAUCUGUUUGAUUCACAUCUAUCUAUCUAUCUCAAUUUUGUUCACAUCUAUCUAUCUAUCUAUCUAUCUAUCUAUCUAUCUCAAUUUUGUUCACAUCUAUCUAUCUAUCUAUCUAUCUCAAUUUUGUUCACAUCUAUCUAUCUCAAUUUUGUUCACAUCUAUCUAUCUAUCUCAAUUUUGUUCACAUCUAUCUAUCUAUCUAUCUAUCUAUCUAUCUAUCUAUCUAUCUAUCUCAAUUUUGUUCACAUCUAUCUAUCUAUCUAUCUAUCUAUCUAUCUCAGUUUUGUUCACAUCUAUCUAUCUCAAUUUUGUUCACAUCUAUCUAUCUAUCUAUCUAUCUAUCUAUCUCAAUUUUGUUCACAUCUAUCUAUCUAUCUAUCUAUCUAUCUAAUGAAUUGUUGA